AUGGUCGCAGACGCCAGCAGCCCGCGGCCCAACAAGGGCGUCGCAAAGCGCAAAGGCAACCAGAAGUCGCUGCGCGAAAGAAGGGAUGUUGACAUCAUGAACACGAAUGACAGUAGCAUCGUGUCCAAGAGAAGCGUUUCCAAACUGUAUCUCAGCCAUGAGCCCGACUUCUAUGAGCCAUUUGUGCCCAAGUUUGUUCGUCGCAACCCGCUCAUCAACCGCGGCUACUGGCUACGCAUGCAUGCCGUUGAACAAGUAGUCCGCCGCUUCUUGGAAGAAGAUUAUGGAAAGGCGAAAGUCGUCGUAAACCUUGGGUGUGGAUACGACCCUUUGCCCUUCCAGUUCUGGCACAGAUAUGCAUCUCUCUCAGAAUCGGCUACGUUCGUGGAUGUCGACUAUCCGCAGCUCAUGCACCGGAAACGGGAUCGCAUGCUGAGCAAUGACCUUCUUCGAGAUGCCCUGCUGAAGACCAAGCUCCGCCAGGCCGAGAAGCCUGUACUUCUCCGCAGUGACGGCUAUAUGGCGUUGGGCUGCGACCUCAAAGAUCUUGCAACGCUUGAAAGGGUCCUACGAGCCGAGUUUGACAUCCCUACGACCUCGAUCCUAUUCGUCGCCGAGGUGUCAGUCACUUACAUGCCGCUCAAGGACUCUGAUGCACUCAUCCAGUGGGCCAGCACCAUUGGACACGCUCGCUUCUGUAUACUAGAACAGUACCUCCCCCAGGGCCCAGAGCAUCCUUUCGCCAAAACUAUGCUUGCACACUUUGACAAAUUGCAGGCCUCAAUCAAAGCGGUCAAGUUACACUCGUCACUGAAUCAGCAGGCAGCUCGUUUCCGCAAUGCCGGUUGGCCCACGCUAGUACUGGCUCGCAAUCUAUGGGACCUCUGGUCGGAUGAUUUGUUUACCCCUCCCACCCUUAGGCGCCAUCUGGAUGCUACCGAGCCGUUUGACGAGUGGGAAGAAUUCGCGCUAUUUGGCGGCCAUUACUUCCUACUUGUCGCCUCAAACGCGGAGCCACAGGGAUCAACUGAGUCGAUGCACGACGAGGCAGCCACAAGGGAGGACGCGAAUGCUACCAACGCGAAUAGUAUUACCCUGCAUUCCUGGAAGCAGCCAGCUGAUGCCGCAUUGACGGUAAGGCGUUUUCCGGCCGCCUUUGCGUUUAGCAGUGACACGGUGGCUGUCCAUGGCGGACAAGGAACGCAAGCCCGCCUCGCCGAUAUGGAUGUGAUGGGACUUGAGGGUCAGAGCGGGGACUCUUCCAUUCGUCCCGGUGACCUCGUGCCUACUGCACGCAUGUGCCAUACAAUCACGUCAAUGCAAGACGGCGAAGCGCUGUUGGUCGGAGGCCGUGGGUCGCCAACCCAGGCAUGUGCAGAUUGCUGGCUCUUCAAGCAUGGGACCUGGACUAAGGUCGACGACCUUGUGCCGGCUCGCUACCGUCAUUCAGCAGUCGCCGUUUCACUAGGGUCUGGAGAGUCACAGUGUCAUGGUGUCCUAGUGUUCGGCGGCAGAGCCAGUGACGGCACAGUCCUCGACGCCAAUCGCUACUGCGCCCUGUGGACAGCCAACAACGGAUGGCACAGCAUUUCCGUCGACGGACCGCGUCCAUCCGCACGCUUCGGCGCCGCCAUGUCUACGAUCGAUUCCGCCAAAAACCAGGGGCUCGUGAUAGGAGGCGCGAACGAAAGCGGCGUGGUUGUCGAAGACGCCAUAUGGGAGUGGUCCAUUUCCGCCACACCAACACCACGACUGAGCUUUAAAGACCGCACCAAUGAUCUGCGCGGCGGCAUAGCAAAUUAUGCACUCGGACGUAUAGGCUCAAUCCUGGUACCCUGGAACGACUCUCUGUUGAUGAUUGGAGGUGUUUCGAAGAAGCAUAUCCACAGUCUAUCAGACGACUUUAUGAUUUUGACAUGCACCGACUCGAGCAUCCAUGUGGAGCGUCCCAUGCUGCAGGUGUUGCCACCAACGUCGUGGCCUCUGCUAGUCGGUGUAGGGGCCGUUUCAUCGUCUCGAGGCGAAAUUGUGCUGGCAGGAGGAGGAGCGGUAUGCUUCUCCAUGGGCAGCUACUGGAAUGAAGAUCCGAUUACCAUGAUCCCUGGCGCUACGCAAGGGGCCAAGCCGUGGCGUCGUGUUGGGUCGAGUCAGAUCAGCGGCACAGCAGGCACAAAGGACACGGCGCAAGCGAAGCCAGCUGAAACGGGGCUUCAAGGCCGGCAAGAGAAGACGUCGAAAGUGAAGAAGAGACCCGUCACUUCAGCACGCACAAAGGAGAUUCCAAGAGUCCAGGUCAAGUCGGCAGACGACUUUGCAGCGCUGAUUGCAUUGUCCAAGCCCGCCAUCAUCGAGGGCCUUGACGUUGGUCCCUGCACAGACCUGUGGACGCUGGACUAUCUGAAAGAGAAACUCGGUCCCGAAAGGGAUCUCGUAGUGCACGAGUGCUCGUCCGACCGCAUGACGUUCAAAGACAAGAAUUUCGCCUACGUGAAGAAAUCCGCCGCCAGCUUCCUCGACGGCAUCGCCCAGGGCUCCCACGAGUACCUCCGCGCCGUGUCCUCGAGCCAACCCACCAAGCUGCCCACCUCGCUCGAAGCAGACUUCCCCAGCAUAGCCCCCGACUUCCAAAUCCCAGAGCCCUGUGCAGUGAUCAAGCAAACCCUACACAGCUCUCCCCUCCGCAUCUCAGGCCCCGUCUCCCUCUGGCUCCACUACGACGUCCUCUCCAACAUCCUGUGUCAGAUCCGCGGCACAAAAACACUCAUCUUGUACCCGCCCUCCGACGUCUCGUACCUGGAUUUCCCACCAGGCGGCUCCUCGUCAAACACCGAUGUCCUGGCAUCCAGAGACCCCAAGCUGCGUCAUACACACCCGCACAUUGCGUCGCUGCGCCCCGGUGACAUCCUGUUUAUCCCGCCCAUGUGGAGCCACACAGCGACGCCCGAACAGGGCGUCAGCGUCGCUGUCAAUGUGUUUUGGCGCGGCCUGGACAAGGGAUAUGCGGCGGGCAAGGACGUCUACGGCAACCGCGAUUUGCAGGCGUAUGAAAAUGGGCGGCGGGAUGUCGAUAAGAUUGUUCGGGCGUUCCGUGAGGUCCCGGGAGAUGUGUCGCGGUUUUAUCUCGAGAGGCUGGCAUCUGAGAUUCUCGAGCGAGCACGCAAGUUGGGGGAGAAAAGGGGUGGAGGCGAGCAUGAGUAA